UUUAUUUUUUAUUUUUUUUUGAGGGGAUUCACUUUGUUAUGUCGAGUGUCGACAGUUCGACACAUUUCUUAGUUUUUUGCUCUAAAUACUUUUCACGACUGAACCUAACAUUUAUCACUUCUGAAUUUAUUUCAUCUUAUACUUCCUCUAAAUUAUCACUCAAUCUUGUUCAUCUAUAGAUUGUGAUGCGAUUAUCGCACAAUUUUAACUCGGAAUUGAUUAUUUCUUCGCCGGAAUUUAAUCGGUAAUCGCGCUCAUCGCCGGAAAUCAUGAUUCGUCUACCGUCGACGCCGGCGAAGAGGAUCGAUGUGAACACAUUAGCGAGGAAGAUCGAUGUCGAUAAUCGAAUUUCGUUAGGGUAUUAUUAUCGAAUCGCUGAAACUCUUCUCAAACAGGCUGAUGUGUAUCGAAAAGAGAAGAACAUAGUGGACUUGUAUGUUAUGCUUAUUAGGUUUUCAAGCUUGGUCUCUGAAACAAUACCCUUCCAUCGGGAUUACCAGGCUUUACACCCUAGAGAAAGAAUGCAUUACAGAAAAAAAUUGCUGGCAGUGAUGGAUGAGCUGGAAUCUUUGAAGCCUGAGUUUCAGCGUCAGGUGGAUGAAUUCAACAAGGAUUGUAUAGGAAUGCAACAAAAUCAAUUUAAUGGCAGAGAGACGACCUCAUAUAACUCAGAAGCAUCUUUGGGAUGGCCCUCCGCUUAUGCUCCGAGAUUGGAGAGCAAGCAGGUAAAACCUGCUAGCGAAACGCUUCCGUAUUCAUGGAAACAGAAUAAUGAUUUUCAAGCUGCUUCAACUUCAAUGCCUUUUGAGAAAAAAUUCUCUAAGCUGUCUUUAGCGGUGCCACUUCCAAACCAGGAAACAUUGUCGAGACACUCAUUUUUAGGUCCAAAUGGACUUCGUCGUCAGUGGCAAGGACCGACUACGGAAAUCAAGGUGUCUUACCCAAGCCGUGCUGACUUAACUCCAGCUAAAGAUUCAUGCCUCACUCAAAGUAUACAAAAUGCAGCUCGAGUUCAAAAGGAUGAAGGUAUAGGACAAGAUAUGCAAGCAGUCCUCUCAUUAGAUGAUGGUGGCUGGUCACGUUGUGAAGAGGACAUGCCUGUGGGAAUUAUAAGGCAACCAUUGCCACCUCCUGUACUUGCUCAAGUUCAGCCUGCAUUGCAUCCUAUACCCCCAUCAAGAGUUGCUGAUCCAAGACCUGGACCAGCCAAGCCUUCAGAGGAUGGAACACAGAGUCCUAAUUCAUUUCAAGAUCUGCAUAUUCCUGUUAAAAUGAUGGAAGAUUUCUUGAGACUGGCUCAACAAAAUACGAAAAAGAAUCUUGAAACAUGUGGAGUUCUAGCAGGUUCACUGAAAAAUCGGGUGUUUCAUAUUACUUCUUUAAUUAUUCCAAAGCAAGAGUCAACUUCUGAUUCUUGUCAGACAUUGAACGAGGAAGAAAUUUUUGAGGUUCAGGACAGAGAAUCACUUUUUCCUCUUGGAUGGAUUCAUACACACCCUACACAGACAUGUUUCAUGUCAUCAGUGGACUUGCAUACUCAUUACUCAUAUCAGAUCAUGUUACCAGAAUCUAUUGCAAUCGUUAUGGCACCUACAGAUUCUUCCAGUCCGCAUGGAAUAUUUCACUUGUCCGAUCCUGGAGGUGUUUCUGUGAUCCGGAACUGCCAGCAGCGUGGAUUUCAUCCUCAUGAAGAACCAUCUGAUGGCAGCCCACUCUAUGAACACUGUUCACAUGUUUAUAUGAACCCAAAAUUGAGGUUUGAUGUGGUCGAUCUGCGAUAAACAUUUCUGUUUCCAACUUUUGUAUUUAGGAAAUUAAAAUUUCAGAUCAAUGCAAUUCGCUAAUCAUUUGUACAGAUACAAUCAAGUGAUCCUAUUUGUAAAAUUCAUUAUUACUGGAAAAAUCAGGUGAAAGUGUUUCAUCUGCCCUUGUAUAAUGUGAAACCCAAACAUGUCUGCACAGCAUCUUAUUUGUGAAGGUUUACUACUGAUGAAAGAAUCAAGUUUCUCUGUUUGUACUUA